AUGCAGUUAGUGCUUCCUUUAAUAUAUAGUACAUACCGAAAUCUUCAGAGGUUCAAUAUUAAUACCAUAGGAAAGAAUAAUAAAAUGCUACAGCAUAUUAAUUAUAGAGUACGUAUAAUUUUACAAGAUUCUAGAACAUUCAUAGGUACUUUUAAAGCAUUCGAUAAGCAUAUGAAUCUUAUUCUUGGAGAUUGCGAAGAAUUUAGAAAGAUUAAACCAAAAAAUACUAAGCAACCGGAAAGAGAGGAAAAAAGGGUUCUUGGAUUUGUUUUACUGCGUGGGGAAAAUAUUGUUUCCUUGACCGUUGAAGGCCCUCCGCCACCUGAGGAGGGCUUACCGAGAGUCCCAAUACCUGGUACUACGUCAGGGCCUGGUAUGGGUCGUGCUGCAGGACGAGGAAUCCCUGCUAAUAUUUCUGGUAUUCUAAGAGGUAUUGGUGGCCCAUCUCAACAAAUUAUGACCCCAGGCAUAAGGGGACAAGUAUCUGCACCACCACAGAUGCAUUCUGGAGCACCUACUCGAAUUCCAGUUCCUGGAGGACCUCCACCAGGAAUGCUUGGACCACCACCUGGCAUGAUGGGGUUACCACCAGGAAUACCACCAAUCGGUCGUGCAGGGCCACCAAUGGGACCUCCUAGUAUAAGAGGACCACCACCUGGUAUGAUUCGAGGUGUACCUCCGCGUCCUUACUAAAAGAUAAAUAAACAAAUAAUAAAAAGUAAUAAAAAG